AUGAGCAUGUGGAGGUAUAGACUGAGCUUGCAGAUGUCUCCCCAGAAUCUCUCACUUUCAGACUCACUGCACAUAGGACUUUUGGCUUCCAUGCUUUCUCUUAUCAUUUACUGGAUCAUCAGAGACAGAUACAGAGUGAGAAACCUGAAUGGAAAGCAUGUCUUCAUAACAGGCUGUGACACUGGACUUGGAAACUCACUGGCUAAAUGGCUGGACAAAAGGGGAUUUUGUGUCAUUGCUGCAUGUGCCACAGAAAAAGGAAGACAAGAGCUACAGUGCUGCUCUUCACUCUCACUGAAGACAGUGAACCUGAAUUUAGCAGACUCCAACAGCAUUGCCAGGGCUGUGGUGUUUGUGACUGAACAGACAGCUGGCAAGGGGCUUUUUGGCUUGGUAAGCAAUGCUGAAGGAACAGCACCUGUAGGACCCACCGAAUGGCUGAGGAUUGAAGACUUCCAUUCAGUCCUGGAUGUUAGCCUGCUGGGACUGAUUGAAAUCACACUCAAGCUUCUGCCGCUUCUGAAAAAAGCUGAGGGAAGAGUUGUCAAUCUAAUUAAUGCCAAAGGUCUCAUGGCUUUUGUAGGGGGUGGCUACAGUCUGUCCAAAUGGGGCAUGGAAGCUUUCUCUGACACCUUACGGAUAGAAAUGCGGCAUUUUGGAGUGAAAGUCAGCAUUGUUGAGCAUGGUUUCUUUAAGGCAGAAGAAGUUAAUUCAGAUAUCAUUGAGAAAUACCUCUUCAAACUUUGUAACAGACUGACUCCUGAGAUCAGGGAUUCCUAUGGAGAAAAAUACUUAGCUGAAUAUAUAAAAGCCCAAAGAUCAUCAGUGAAAAGACUGUGUGACUAUGAUAUUUCUAAUGUCAUAAAAUGCAUGGAACAUGCCCUGAUAGCAAAGUACCCCAGGACACGAUACAGGGCUGGAUGGAAUGCAAAGUUCUUCUGGCUGUUUCUCUCCUAUGCCCCGAGCUGUCUGUCUGAUAUGCUGCUGCAUAUUACACUUCCAGCUCCAGCAGAGAGCCGGAGACCAGUUCAUGGAGUUAUGAUGAAUGUCUAG